AGCGGCCUGGGCCUUCCAUCCUCUAGCCGCCGGCCGGAGGGUGGGCGGGCGGAGGACUCUGGGAAGUUAGGGAUGUGAGGAGAGGGCAGAGGCCUCGGCAGUUUGGGGGAAAGGCGGCGAACCGGGGAGAGACGAGGACAGCUCCGGGAGGCGCGGGGAUUGAGCCCGCUAACGCGACCGGGUCAGAGGCCUGCGGGGAGGCACGGCCGACUUGCUUGAUUGUGUGAAAGGAUCGAGUUGGCAUUUGGGAAGGCUCGAGAAAGUAGUGGGCUGGCACCAGGCUCUUGGACACAGGCAUAACAAGGCUUCAGAAGUCUGAAGGGAUUGUGGGCUGCCAAGGGCGAAAACUAAGCUGUUUGUAAUCCGAGGUGUGGGCGGAACCUAGUAUUUAACCCCAUCAGUCAGUGUCGGGUUUGCAAAUCAACUUUGUAACAUUCUUCCCGGCUUGUACCCAGUUGCUAAGGGCGGAGAAGUGGAGUAAAUAGAGCACAGAUGGUCAAGCGGAAACCCUCUGCAGACUCAGCAUUUAGAAUUGUCUAACGUUCAGAAACAAUGUUGGUUUCCUCGCCUUUGUCAUUCAUUACUCAUUUAGUCUGUUGCACCUGGUAGUCCUACAGCGAGUGUUUAUGGGUCACCCGAGCUUACAAAAGAGACUGGAAUACUGGCAGAGAGAGAUCCAUGAGUACACAUUGACUCAGCAAAUGCCAAGGAUAAACGACCAGUUGGGGAUGGGGACCGCAGAGCUGGUAUUCAGAGAAAGCCUCACACAUAAAGGCAAAAUGUGAGAUUCUCCAGACUGUGUUGUUGACAGUAGCUGCGCUCACAAGGCAGAGGAUCAUGAUGUACGCAUAUGUACUACAGAGGUACCCGUGAGAUAAUGAACUUCAGGAAUUCCUUCUGGCCUUAAGUGCUGACAGCACCCCUGCUAUCAUGGCAAACCUUUCUAAAAUGUACUGAACUUUCUGAAAGAAAUGGGGCAACACCAACCCCACAGAGUGACACAAUCCAAGGAUUCUCCAUAUGCCCAAGGGAAGCAGAGUCAUGACAGCAGGCAGGAGGGUGGUAGGCAGGCUAUGUCUAUUUUCCAGAAAAGGGCUAGACUUACAAAGAAGCCUGUGCUCCGGCUUGAGCAUGGUCUUGUUAACCCUGCUGCAGAUCUAAGAGAAGGUGGGCUUUUAAGAGAGGCAAACCUUUUGAGCUGGGAGGAGAAAUGAUACAGCUCUAAGCCAGUUUUGUUAUGAAGACAAAAAAAAACCAUGAAGUCAUAAGCAGAAGGGAAUUAGGUCUGGUGCAAUGUUCCUGUUGAAGUACCGUGGUGUAGGAGGAUGAUAAAAGGAAUCAGUUAGUAGGAGGACUUUAGGCCAGGUGAACAGGUUGAAAGGUCUAAGGGUUGAUGCUGUCUGUAACCCAAAUACCAAGACAGAAAACAAUUGAGCUUUUCCGUAUGUGUCACACUCACUUGUAUCUGAGUAACCAAACAUCCUACUGAUGCAGAGGGAGGAGAAGCAGCUUGAGGCAUCAUUAGAUGCCCUGCUGAAUCAAGUGGCUGAUCUGAAGAAUUCGCUGGGGAGUUUCAUUUACAAGUUGGAAAACGAGUAUGACCGGCUGACCUGGCCUUCUGUCCUGGACAGCUUUGCACUGCUGUCUGGACAGUUGAACACUCUGAACAAGGUCUUAAAGCAUGAGAAGACACCACUGUUCCGUAACCAGGUCAUCAUCCCCCUGGUGCUGUCCCCAGAUCGAGAUGAAGACCUCAUGCGUCAGACUGAGGGACGAGUGCCUGUUUUCAGCCAUGAGGUUGUCCCUGACCAUUUGAGAACCAAGCCUGACCCUGAAGUUGAAGAGCAAGAGAAGCAGCUGACAACAGAUGCUGCCAGAAUUGGUGCUGAUGCAGCUCAGAAGCAGAUCCAGAGCUUGAAUAAAAUGUGCUCAAACCUUUUGGAGAAAAUCAGCAAAGAGGAACGAGAGUCAGAGAGUGGAGGUCUCCGGUCAAACAAGCAGACUUUCAACCCUGCAGACACUAAUGCUUUAGUGGCAGCUGUUGCCUUUGGGAAGGGGCUGUCUAAUUGGAGACCUUCAGGUAGCAGUGGUCCUGGCCAACCUGGCCAGCCAGGAGCUGGUACAAUCCUUGCAGGAACCUCAGGAUUACAGCAAGUUCAGAUGGCGGGUGCUCCAAACCAGCCGCAGACAAUGCUCAGUGGAGUCCAGAUGGCUCAAGCAGGGAAAAUGCCAAGUGGAAUAAAAACCAACAUCAAGUCAGCUUCAAUGCAUCCCUACCAGCGGUGAGUGUGGACAGCAGCCCCCACUCUCAGGUGACCUGUGCUGAGUUGGGCAGUGAAAGUGUCUUUUGCUCAAGGCUUACAUAGAUGGGGACAAUGAAAAGAACACAGGCUUUCAGCAACAGACAAAUCUCAGCUCCGCUGUGAAUAGCUGUGCGACCUUGGGAAAGUGACCUCAUUUUUCUGAGCCUGGGUUCUUAUUUGUAAAUGGUGAUAAUACCUACCUCAUAAGGUUGUUGUGAGGAUUAAAAUGAGAAAACGAAUGUAAAACACUUAGCAUGGUAUAUGAAAUACUGGGUCUUGAAUAAAUGAUAGUUUCUUACUUUUCCACCCUGCUAUUCGCUGUCCGGCACCCAGAACUUACUGUGAUUGGUAAAGCUCCAUGACAGUGGUGAGCUAAUGGAUACGGGAUCAAGUAAUCCAGGAACCAUGGCAGCCUGUAUGUCUUGGCAGUGUAUUGUUUCUGUAGGCUCUUCUGCCCAGGUUCCAUCUUGCUGGCUCCAUCCAAGCUACAGGCGAAGAGGUUUCUAGGCUGGGACACUGUCCACCUACAGGUCUGAUGAAAGCAGUUCAGCUUUUACCUGGGAAAUAGGUAACAGUACCCAUCUUUACCCUACUGUUAUGAAGAUGUCUAGGGAGCAGCUGGUGGGAGAUUGCUUAGGAUAGGCCCUGUCAGGCAAUAGCACAGAUAAAGUACGUCUUCCUCCUUGGAGAGGAGUUAGGCUUCACGUUGUCACUCACGGGCCUUAUUUGUCCUCACAGUAACUACUCCCUGUUUCUGCCCUCUUCCAUCUCACUAAACAAUGUGGCUCAGGUAAGAUCCAGAUUGAAAGUGGGAAGGGCAACAGCCCCAUUCUCCUUUCCUGCUUUCGUAGAGUUGAAGAACUGAAUUUGUGGACAGGCAGCCAUGUUGCCUUUCUCAGCGUUCUUUUGUGGGCAAGGGCAGGGAUUGAGUCAGCAGAAGUGGGCCAAAGGGUUUCUUUGUUCAAUAAAGUUAUUUAAAUUGA